UCGUCAGUCGUCAGUCGAGUUUAGUCGAGCCUCGAGUCGCAAGUUGGAACGCGAACGCUUCUUUCUUCUGAUAUCGCAUCGAACUCUCAAGAAAAAAAUCAUCACGUGCUUUUCUUUGAACAUAAAUAAUUCAUUUAGAAAAUCGUUCACAUUCGGGAUACAAAUUGAAAGAGUUUAUAAGUGUUUAUAAGUUAUUACAAGCUAAUUAACAGUGCAACGUAUGGUAAAUCAUCAACCGGUCAAGAUGGGCUUCAAUUUGUCUUCUUUAAUUUUCAUUGUUCUCCUGUUCAAGUUUCUUACGCACGGCUUGCCACUGGAAAAACAAGAACUUUAUGAAGGCAGUCACUGCAAGCUGGAGAACGGCAAGACGGGCGUGUGUAAAAAAAUACGCGAAUGCCCGUCCAAGAUACGAGAAGUAAUAGAGGGUAAAAGGAGCUCAGACUCGAUGGAACGUUGCGGCUUUCAGAACUUUACGGAGAUCGUCUGCUGCCAGGUCAACAUCACGGACAAGAUAGGACUUCGGCCGGCGGAGAUAGCGUGUCGACAAUACGAGAACGAGAUCGGGACCGGUGGCAAGGCCGUGAAUACGGAGAACGAGGUGGAGUUUCACAUCUUUAGCGGCAUGCUAGCCGAGCGCGGGGAAUUCCCGUAUAUGGUCGCUCUGGGAUACGAGAACGACGAUGUGAACGAUGAGAAUCCGGAUGCGAUCAAGUACAGUUGCGGUGGCACGUUGAUCUCGUCGCAAUAUGUUCUUACGGCCGCUCACUGCGUGAACAACGUGCAGGAGAAAGUGCCGAUAGAGGUGAGGAUCGGCAGCGAGGAUCUAAAGAACAUGGGCGAAGAUGCGCAACGAAUUCCCAUAGUCGACGUGAUAACGCAUCCGCGUUACAAGCGCAGCACGAAUUACAAUGACGUGGCCAUCCUGAAACUAAGAACGCCCGCACGAAUGGCGAGUACCGUGAGGCCGAUCUGCAUCCAAACGAAAUCUCUCGCCACCAUGACUAUGCCGUUGAACGUAUCGUUCAUCGUGAUCGGUUGGGGCGCUACCAGUUACGCCGACGACGGCAGUAACAAGUUGAUGAAGACACCGAGUCUCAGUCUUGUAGAUAGAGAGUCGUGCGGCAAGUCGUUCAACGGUUUCAACAAAUUGCCCCGUGGCUUGGACGAUAAUAUGCUAUGCGCAUUGGACACCAAUGAUACGAGAAGAUCGGACGCUUGUCAAGGGGAUAGCGGUGGGCCUUUGUUGAUGCUCACUGGAUCCAGUCAGACCAUCGUGGGAAUCACGGCGUUCGGGCAAACUUGCGGUGGAUCCAUACCAGGGGUUUACACAGCGGUAUAUUCCUAUUUGGAGUGGAUCGAAAGACAAGUCUGGCCGGAAAUGAGCGACGAACGGUAGAUGAAUCACGUCUCGAGAAUUUCAAGGAGUUUCACUUUCCCAGUUUAUGUGACUUACAAAUCGACGGCGCGACUUAAAUAUCGUUCAUAGUGUCGUUACGAGAAUCUAGUCUGAAACUAUUGCGUGAAAGAAUGUAUAAUGGAACAUUGAUUACAUUCUUCAAUUUCUAUCUCUUGCCUUAUUUUUGUAACUUUAACGAAUUUUAUACUUUUAUAUAUUUGUAAUUUCAUUCGAGAAUAUGCUUAUGUGUGUAUGUGCCUUAAUAAGAUAUCGAAUAUUGAUGUA